AAGAAUGGCACUAAGACAAGGGGCCAGAACACAUAGACAGGUCAAUCAGUGCCCCAAUCUCCAUGACACUGAGGAAUCUGGCCAGAGUGAGACACUAUCUGGUGUAAAACACUGGUUUCCUGACCCUCUACCAUGCUGGGGUGGGAGGAGAGGGUAAGGGUCAGGGAGCUUCUUCAAGAUACACACUCAGAAACUCCUCAGAGCCAUCCAACCUGCUGCCGGGUCCCUGAAAAGAUUUGAGCCUGGUACAUUUUAAUUCAACUCUGUAUUUUCCGAGGCCAGAAACCUAGAAUUACUCAGCUCUGGGAAUACAGGCAAUAUCCCUGUCCUCAAGGAACCCAGGCUAGAAGGCAAGAAAAAUACACCAUUAAGAUUCUUGGGAGUGAAUGCUGGCACUCAGCUCAGUUUGCCAAUGGGUCAGGAAAGGAUUCCUGAGUGAGUUAACACCUAGCUAGGAUAUGAUGAAUAAAAAAGGAUCAGAUGGAAAUGGAGCAAAAACGGGAAUAGCUAAAGCAAUGGCUCCAAAGUGAGAAAGAGUUAAGGCAUACUUGGUGUGGGAUCUGGGAUCUAGGUGAAAAAACAGGCGAGGAUAGAACAACAAAGAACCUUGAAUGUUAGCCAAAGGGCCCAGACUUACACCCACUGCCCAUGCCCAUCUGUUUCUCCAGCUGCUGCUGUUCAUGUGUGGAGCUGGACUGGGGUGGGGGAAUCUCCCUGCCCACCAGAAGUUCUGUUUUCAGUCUCCAGACAGGGUACUCAGCAACCCAUUUUCUAGUUCCAGAGGCAUGGAGACCAAAUCCAGGGAAAGAGUCGGAUUUUUCUUCAACAGAAACUAGAAAGCUAACGAGUAGCAGGUGCCAAUGACAGCUCCCUAGGCAACCAGACAGACCGGGGACCAGGCAGCCAGACCAAGAACCCAAGGUUUAAGGACAAUGGGAGCCAAAGGCUGCAAGUAGGAUGGUCUACUUUGGGGGAACUAAGAUAAGCACUGUCCAUGAAAGGGGGACAAGGCAGUGAGCAGACACAGACAACUGCAAGGACCUCUUCCCACAGGUACCACUGACCUGUACAAAUGGGCCCCCAGCUUGAAGACUUAGCUAAUACUCUGAAUGCUCAGAAGAUAGGCAGGGCCAAGGUCUGGGCCUGAUAUAGGUGGGCCCCUGUCACUCCAGUUUGCUCUUGCUUGACCCCAGAGUUGGUUAGAGGCAAGCCCAGGAUCCUAAACAUGUAUAGUAGCCCAGGUCUCUCAGGCCCUACAGGAUAAGGCCAGAGUGACCCACUUGGGAGGUCCCCUGGUCUCUGACUCUUCCAGCACAUCCUCUGCUCAGUAUCACUCCCUCCAGGAAUUCUCCCCACCCAGGUUUGUAGAAGGGUCGGUACUUUCUGUUCCUCCACCCCCGCUAGCCUCAGUGUACACUGUAAGACCUAUUCCUGCUUUAUGCCCAGGUAAGGGCGACCCAGGCUGCCCCCACAUGACAGAGGCCCAGGCCAUGCCCCCAGUGGCCUCCAGGGGGCGCCGCCGGGAAGCCUGUCAUUGGGCUCCUGGGAGCUCAGCGGAGGUGGGCAGGCGCCGGCCCCCCAAGCCCUCGGGUUCGGCUGGCGUGCCCUACACAGCCUGCGCACCCAGGCUGGGUAGGGCUCAGAACUGCCCCUUGCCAUACACGUGUUGUGUCGCUCGCCGCUGCCUCAUUUCUACUCCUGCCCGAGGUCGGACGCUAAAUGCUGUCAGGCCCAAUGUCCACGUGUCCGUUUAUCUGUCCGUUUGCGUGUGACCGUGGAUCGGCACGCCCUGCUCCAGCUGCGGCAUGUGCAGGGUUAAGGCGGGCGGAGGUUUCUCUGAGUCGCAGGGGGAGGGGGGCGAGGGGCGGACCUGGCCCAGCCCCGCCCCGCGCCGGAGCAGUGCCGGAGCCCCACCAGAGCCCGACUUCAGCCCCAGCCAGAUCCAGCGUCAGCGGAGGCCGAACGGCGGACCCCGUGCCCUAGCUGCAUCGGAGCACCGGCGGGUGAAGGCAAGGUCCCUGGACUGGUCAUAUACCUCUUGUGGCCCUGGCAGAAUCAAGAUGAGGCCCUGUCAUGCCUCCCCAGUGAGGCCUACAGUCUGAGCAGACAGCAUGGCCUGCCAUUGGCAGUGAACACCAUGUCUGCAGGAGGUGGCCGGGCCUUUGCUUGGCAGGUGUUCCCCCCCAUGCCCACUUGCCGGGUCUAUGGCACAGUGGCACACCAAGAUGGGCACCUGCUGGUGUUGGGGGGUUGUGGCCGGGCUGGACUGCCCUUGGACACUGCUGAGACACUGGACAUGGCCUCGCACACAUGGCUGGCACUGGCACCCCUGCCCACUGCCCGGGCUGGAGCAGCUGCGGUAGUUCUGGGCAAGCAGGUGCUAGUAGUGGGUGGUGUGGAUGAGGUCCAGAGCCCAGUAGCUGCUGUAGAGGCCUUCCUGAUGGAUGAGGGCCGCUGGGAGCGUCGGGCCACCCUCCCUCAAGCAGCCAUGGGGGUUGCAACUGUGGAGAGAGGUGAGUGGCGUCCCAAGGAAGGCACUUCAGAUGGUAUGGUGUAUGCUCUGGGGGGAAUGGGCCCUGACACGGCCCCCCAGGCCCAGGUAUGUGUGUAUGAGCCCCGUCGGGACUGCUGGCUUUCGCUACCCUCCAUGCCCACACCCUGCUAUGGGGCCUCCACCUUCCUGCAUGGGAACAAGAUCUAUGUCCUGGGUACCCGAAUUCCAUUGACAGGGGGCCGCCAGGGCAAGCUCCCGGUGACUGCUUUUGAAGCCUUUGAUCUGGAGGCCCGUACAUGGACCCGGCAUCCAAGCCUACCCAGCCGUCGGGCCUUUGCUGGCUGCGCCAUGGCUGAAGGCAGCGUCUUUAGCCUGGGUGGCCUGCAGCAGCCUGGGCCCCACAACUUCUACUCUCGCCCACACUUUGUCAACACUGUGGAGAUGUUUGACCUGGAGCAUGGGUCCUGGACCAAACUGCCCCGCAGCCUGCGCAUGAGGGAUAAGAGGGCAGACUUUGUGGUUGGGUCCCUUGGGGGCCACAUUGUGGCCAUUGGGGGCCUUGGAAACCAGCCAUGUCCUUUGGGCUCUGUGGAGAGCUUUAGCCUUGCAAGGAGGCGCUGGGAGGCAUUGCCAGCCAUGCCCACUGCCCGCUGCUCCUGCUCUAGUCUGCAGGCUGGGCCCCGGCUGUUUGUUAUUGGGGGUGUGGCCCAGGGCCCCAGUCAAGCCGUGGAGGCACUAUGUCUGCGUGAUGGGGUCUGAAGGCCUGGUGGGAGCUGUCCACUGGAGCAGCUCAUUGCCAGAGGCAGCUAUUUCUAUGGCUCCUUUUGCUGCUGAGGACACUCACUGUGGCUCUGUGGGAUGAGAGAGGCACAGGGGUGAGCACUUGAGACACUGCCUUGGGGCCUUGGGUUAGGGGAGCCUUUGCCUUUAGUGCAGGACACACAUACACUUACACCUACCUUUAUCACCAUUCUUUCAUGAAUCAUGCCUAGCUCCAUCCUUGCCCUGGGACCUACUAGGCCUUCCAUCCAACUGGGAAAUGGGGAGAAGGAAAGCUGGCCUCAUGUUCUUCAGGGUCAGUUCCUAUCUGGAGUUGACCAGGCCCACCCCAGUUGCCAUUCCUGAAAAAUCCCAGAUGCCAGGCUGCCUUUAGGGUCCCUGUAGACCCAGGAGAGUUGAGAGGGUGGGGGACACAGAGAGAAUAGAGAGGAUGUGGGACCUGCCAGAGGGCCAGAGCGCAGGAGUUCAAGCAGAGGAAUGCUGGCUUUGGGCCCUCUACACUGCUGGUUGUAUGACCUUGGACAAGUCACUUCACCUCUCUGUGCCUCAGCAUCCUCAUCUAUAAAUGGGGAUCUCUGAAACCUUCCUACCCUACCUACCUCACAGGGCUGUUGUGAGGACCCAGGGAGUUUGGAUGUGGAAGUAAAAGUGCUGCUAAAACCUA